AUGUGUGGGAUCUUUUUUUCCUUGUCAACAAGGAACACACAGCCAAACCAAGAAACGAGGACUCUGCUGGAAAAGCGAGGCCCGGACAGCACCCAUACCCACACGGUGUGCAGGGAGGUCAAGACACAAGAUGCAGUAUCCCAGCCCCCGCAGCAUCUUACCUUCAUCUCAACAGUACUGUCACUAAGAGGUGAUCAUGUUUACUCACAACCCCUUAUAGAUUCGGCUACCCAAUCUGUGCUCUGCUGGAAUGGAGAAGCUUGGAAGAUAGCCGGCGAAACCGUCAGCGGCAAUGAUACUGAACGCGUCUUCAACCUCUUCUUGCAGGCCGUCGGGGAUGAUUGUAAAGAUGCUCCUCACAAACUAGCCGAGGCUGUUGCAACUAUCUCAGGGCCAUUUGCCUUUGUAUUCUACGACGCGGUGAAUGGGCGGCUUUUCUUCAGCAGGGACUGCCUCGGCAGAAGAUCUCUCUUGCAGGGGUUUGAAGAAGACGGAAGUCUCAGGAUAUCCAGCUUGUGCGACGGGUCUCCUUCGGCCCUGUUCGAAGAGGUGGGCUUCGCUGGUAUCUAUAUGAUCAAUCUUGAUGUAUACCAAGAUGCAUCUGCGGCGCCUAAGGGUCAAUACAAGAUUGAGGUUUUGCCAUGGAGCUCUGCUCCUGCUCCUCCGGCAGGUCACAUUAAGAAUCCAAUUCCGCCAAUGAACAUGUCGGUUCCGAGAGAGACACCACCAGCACUGACACUGGACACUCCGUCCGUCAAGGAGCUCGAGGCCAGGCUUCGACAAUCACUUGAACUAAGGAUCCGAGGCGUGCCAGAACCCCCGGGCUAUGUCUCAGGCCGUAGUGCCAAAGUUGCAGUUCUCUUCUCAGGAGGCUUGGACUGUACCAUUCUGGCCCGUCUCUCACAUGACAUACUACCAAUCAACGAGCCUAUCGAUCUUCUUAAUGUCGCAUUUGAGAACCCUAGAGUCACAGCAGCGGCAAACUUGAAUUCAAAACAACAAACGUCAUCAUCGCCAUCUCCCACCUCGGCCUACGAGGCCUGCCCUGACAGGAUCACGGGCCGUUCUGCAUUCACAGAGCUCCAGCAGGCCUGUCCAGGUCGCACCUGGCGUUUCAUCGCCAUUGACAUCCCCUACACCGAAACCCUAUCACAUCGUGACCUGGUCAAGCGUCUCAUGAGACCCCACAACACAGAAAUGGAUCUCUCCAUCGCAUGUGCCUUGUACUUUGCAUCCCGCGGUCAAGGAACAAGUCAUAUCCCCAAAGCAGACCCAGAACCCUACACGACCUCAGCACGCGUUCUUCUCUCAGGCCUCGGUGCCGACGAGCUCUUUGCCGGAUACGGCCGCCAUGGUAUCGCCUUCAACCGCAGCGGUUUCGAGGGCUUGGUCUCCGAGAUCAAUCUCGAUGUCAGCCGACUUGGACAGCGGAAUCUCGGUCGUGACGACCGCGUUCUCUGUCAUUGGGGCCGCGAAACUCGCUUCCCAUAUCUAGACGAAGACUUUGUCGCGUGGGUACUUCGCGCUCCUGUCUGGGAAAAGUGCGGGUUCGGGCUUCCUGAGCUGUCAGACUCUGAUCCAGAGAUACGGACAAUUGCCACUCUUGAUAGAGAGAAAAUGGCGCUCCGGCUUGUGGCUCUGAGGUUGGGCUUGCAGAGCGUUGCUCGGGAGAAGAAGCGUGCUAUCCAAUUCGGUGCGCGUACAGCUAAGAUGGAGAAAGGCCGCACAAAAGGCACCGAUACCCUCACCUGA